AUGAAUCCUCCUGUGCUAAUCGUAGGCGGUGGUCCGGCCGGUCUGGUAGCCGCAUUGACGCUUCUCCAGAAUGGCAUCCCAGUGCGCAUCAUCGAACGAGACAUAAACUAUCGCAUCGGACAACGCGGUCCCGGGAUCUGGCCACGCUCCUUCGAACUCUUUAACUUCCUGGAUGUUCCAGAAGUCAAUGAUCUGGGGAAACCAUUUCCUCUUAUCCGUGCGUACAAGCUCGGAGAGACGGAACCUACGCAUAUCGAAUCGAUGCUCCCGCAUACAGAACCUACCCCAGCCAUACCAUUUAACGUCCCUAAGAUGUUAGGUCAACAGCUUCUGGAUGUGAUUCUACGGGGCCAUCUGGAAAAAUUCUCAUGCUCUUCUGACGAGGGAGUCACCGCUGUUCUCGCAAAGAAACAAGGUGACAAUGAAAUAUUGGAGACAUUCGAUACCAAGUGGAUGAUCGGUGCUGAUGGUCCCAAAAGUAUAGUGCGCAAACAACUUGGACUCGUGUUCCCGGGCGAGACUAUGGCCGAAUUCCGGAUCGUCACUGGAGAUAUUCGUUUAACAGGCCCCGGUCUUGAUAGAGUGUAUUGGCACCGAAUCGGAGACUUUUCUAAUAGAUGCCUCGCAUUGCGACCGACAGACGAAAUUGGAGAGGAUGGCUGGCACUUUUUGAUCUCGGGACGCAGCAUAGACUUGGAAGGUCUCGCGGAUAACGAGGAACUUAUUUUCGAGACCAUCGCCUCGAUGUGCCCUAUGAAGAUUACAUUCAACAAGCUGGUUUAUUCGUCCGAAUACCGGGCGAAUGUCCGCAUGGUGAACAAGUUUAGCCAGGGCCGAGUCUUUCUUGCGGGUGGUAUUAUCCACAGUCCAACCGGUGGUCAGGGACUGAAUUCAAGUGUGCAAGAUAGCUUUGGUCUAUGUUGGAAACUUGCCCUCGUUGAAAAAGGACUUGCCGACAAGUCUCUUCUCGAGACAUACACCGAAGAGCGUCUCCCUGUCAUCACCGAGAUGCUCGAGAUGACCACCUCGAUCCUAAAUCGUGCAGUGACGACAGGACGUACGGACGGAUGGCACACCACUGUCCUUUACAUGCUCGGCAUUCAUUGCCAGUUCAGCAGCAUCGUCCUGGACGAGUUUGCGACGCCAGCUGGGGACAGGGCCCCCGAUGCACCCAAGCUGCUCAAAGUCCAGCCCAGAGAAUCUGAAUUAAUGACGCUUUUCAGUCUCUACAGGCCCUGGCGUCACACGGUCAUUGUGUUUGCGCCAAUUGCACUAGAGUCAUACGACAAAAGUCUUGUACGGUCAGCAAUCAUCCUACCAUCGUUAGCACCAACAACACCCGUUGCAUCUCCUGCCGACUUAGUUCUUCUUGAUCAAGCGAACCAUGCUUAUUCCGCUUACCUCGUCGAAGCCACCCAAACCAAAGUUUUUGUGAUACGGCCAGAUGGUGUGGUUGGGGCGAUUGUUCAUGGUGCAGAGGGCGUGAAGAAAUAUUUCUCCAGAAUAUUCAGGGACAUGUAG